AGAACCGUUCUUUGGUUGCCUGGUUUUAAAAACAAUGUAAAAAGGUUAUGUUCACGCACGUACAUUCCAAACACGCCGAUGAUCAUUUAAAAUGAAUUUGUGCUUUUGGACGGUGUUGAUUCUCUUCUUUGGUUUCCGUUUUCCGAAAGCCGAGUCGAGUCCCAUCAUUGACUUCCCAUUAGCAGAUGACAAGGUGGUGCUUUACUUCUUUGAUGGUGUCAGCCCUCCUUCAACACAAAGAAAACUAUUAGUGAAGAAAUUUUUGGAAGACCUCGGAAAGAAAUCAUGCGUUCAAUACAGGGAACUCGACGCUUACGGAAGUUCAUGUGAUGCGUCACAAUUCAAGUUGGCAGUGUGCUUUAAAAGCACUAGAGGUGUAGACACAGGAAGACCAGGAUUAUGUGAUGUUUCCAUGCCAUUUUAUCCAAAUGGAAUGUAUGGGCUUUGGAGACCUUAUGUAUUUAUCCUGGGUGACGAAACAGAAUGUUCUUGGGAAUAUCUAGUGAGCAUGAUUUUCCUGCUCUUUAGCUACUCUCCAACAGUUUUCAGACCGGAUAGGGACGGUUAUGUGAGCAUCAAUCCCUUAGCCGUGGUUAAUUUGGACCAGGCUACUUCAUCCGGACGCUACGCGUGUAAUUUACAAAGCCUGAUCGGAAGGAAGGAAACUGAAGAAGAUUUCGCAAGCCACAAGUUAGUGGAUAAGAACACUGGCUCAAAUUCUCUCCCCUACUAUACAUACAAGUCUGUUUUUCACCCUGGUACGAGUCACUCAAGCUAUCCACGUGAACCAGGUCCAAUGUUUGUCACAAAAUUUACAAUUUGGCAGCCAUGGAUUGACGCCACGAAGUACACGAAGAAUUAUGAAAUUCGAUUUACGCAUCACGACGAAGCAAUACUUGGGUGGCGCUAUCACUGCGACACGAAAGAGAGAGACGAUUGCGCUAUGGGCGGAAGUUCUUACUCUCGAUUUCAUCAUUGGAGCUCAUGCCCGGCGAGUGGAUUUAUGAGGGGAUGCAAAUGUAUUUGCUCGAGCCGUUUUUUAAACGACAUAACGUGCUCAACUUACGACGAAGUGGAAGGUGGAAAAAAGGUGAGAAAUGACAGGGACUUUCACGAAGGCAAUGAAGAGCCGAGGCGACAUAAGACGAGACAGUCAGUCAUAACUGUAGAUCAAUUGGAUGGAGCCACACGAACGCUAUCUUUAGCAGACGAAGAAGGCAAAUACUUAGCGGAUCGAGACGAUGAAGAAAUUGUAGUGGGAGGCUACAAAUAUACCCGACAACAAGUGUUCGGCGAUGACGUCGGCUAUCGUUUUAUAUUGAUUUUGAUGAAGGGCAGUGACCCGUGCUUCCGUCCUGUUCUUCACAUAAAUGGUCGCGAAUAUCUGAGCACGAAGACUGGGCAAACCAUGGCCGAUCCCAAUUACGAAAAAGUUAUUGUACAGCAGGGUUAUGAUUGCUUUGGUCUGGUGGCAGGAUUCUUUGAUCAAGAUGGUGAUCCUUUCUAUGAAGCAGAUUGGGAUGGAAGUUCGAAGGACUCCAUGUUCAAGAGACGACUUUUCUGUUACUCUUCGUUGUAUCUGGAACAAACAGAACUUCGGGCUAAGAACCAAAGGGCAAGUCUGUAUCUGCAGUACAACUGGAGGAUGGACCCCAAAAACAUGCUUGUGAACGGUCCCUUCAAGUUGAAAAUGACGGUGAGGGGCAGCGCUGACCCUUGGUGUGCGCUGGUAACUUAUUGUUCACCCUUUUUCCGUACCAAGCACGACUAUGACAGGGAAUAUUGUCGAGCCCAUUUACCACCACCAACGACGACUGCGGCACCUGCCGUUGCGACCACAAAAAGGACCACACCAACAACUACGCCGACCACCACUACCGCAACCACUACCACGACCACUACCACUACCACUACAACAACUACUAAGGCGACGACGCACAAGGAAAAGACAACGACGACUACCACUACCCCAACUACAACAACGACGACAACAACUACAACUACGACAACUACUACAACAACACCGUCAACAACAACGACCACUACUACCACCACAACAACCACGGUGUCAACCGUCACUACCACGCCAAGGCCAACGAGAUACACCCGUAGAACUUUUAAAACUCCUGUGGUGAUCCCCCCUCGCACAACGCCUGGACCUGUAGAUCCAAGCCCAAAGUCUCCCAUGUGGCCACCUCCUCCUACCUUACCAACCGCACGAUCCACACUAGGGACCACAUAUUUCACCACAACUACCACGACAACAACGACAACGACAACCACCACCCACAAAACUGUACCAACCACGACGUUUAAUCCACCACACUGGUCUGUAACGACGAAAGCGACGACGACAACACCAACAACUACAACAAAGAAAACAACGCCACCAACCACAACAACUACCACCACAACGACAACGACCACAACGACUACAAAAAAACCCAAGAGGACGACGAUAGAGAACGUAUUUUCAAGCAUUCCUACGAAGGCACCACGCACUGAAGCGCCGGGAGCGCAUGGGUCAACCACAGAUGUGGUAAUCGAAUGCCUCUUCUUCAUUUCAAAAGGAUAUGGCAAAUGUAAUGGCACGACAUUUACUCUUUACCACUUUCGACCACCGUGGUGGACUACUCCACAGCAAAGGUUCACAACCGUUACACCCUUACCUUCUCCGCCGACGACCACAACGCGCAAGCCGAACACCAGGACACUACCGUCGUUGGGACCUAUCACGUUCCCGCCCGGAACGCGUCCGCCAGAUUUUACGAAACCCACCGAUAUUGACGGAAGCACACGCACUCGUCCAAACACGCCUGUUGGGCCUGGUCCCAGACCACCCGGGCGGACAACUAGUGACGGUGGAACGGGAGGCAAUAAGCGCACACCGACCACUCCAAGCGGUGGAGGUGGUGUGGUCGGUCCUAGACCCGGUGGUACCACUGCCAAAAAUGGAGGCCCUGGCGGCCCUGACGCUAACGGCCCUGGCCCUGACGGCCCUGGUACCCCUGGUGGCCCUGGUACCCCUGGUGGCCCUGGCUCCGGCCCUGGCGUUGAAGGGACAACAGACUCUGGCGGAAAUGGUGUAAUUGGAGGUCCUGGCCAGAACACUGGUCAGCCUGGUGGUUCUGGGUCCUCCACCACCAGCGGCAACGGAACUGGCGGCGGUGGGGUUGGCGUCGGAUACACCACCGAAUCGGUCAUCGUAGGCGGAAAGGGUGGUGGUGAAGCCAUGAAGAAAGGCAAGGGAGGAACUGGACUUAUCGUCGCAGGAAUACUUAUUCCACUCCUCCUUCUGCUCUGCUGUCUUAUCAUAUGUCUCGUGAUGAAAAAACGGAAGGAAGGUGAAGGGGACGACGAGGAUGAAGACGAAGAAGGCGAGGAAGGGAUGGACGGAAUGGGUGUUGAGGGAGGAGAAGCCGGCAUGGGCGGUGGAGCGGGUGGCAUGGGUGGUGGAGCAGAUGGAAUGGAUGGCGGGGCAGGUGGAAUGGGUGGUGGAGCAGGGGGCAUGGGCGGUGGAGUGGAAUGGGUGGUGGAGCAGGUGCAAUGGGUGGUGGAGCAGGUGGCAUGGGAGGUGGUGCUGGCGGAAUGGCGGGCGGAGCAGGUGGCAUGGGGGGUGGAGCAGAUGGAAUGGGUGGUGGUGCUGGUGGAAUGGGUGGGGGAGCAGGCGGUAUGGGUGGUGGAGCAGGGGGCAUGGCAGGUGGGUCAGGGGGCGGAGCAGGCGGUGGAGCAGGGGGUGGCGCAAGUGGCGCUGGAGGAGCAGGAGGAGGAGAGCUUCCCGAGCGGACUCCUGCGUGUCGGAGACCCACCGCUGUGUCAGGAAAUGGAUACCGAUGAGACGGAGAUCCUGCACUGCGUCUAA